GUGAUCACCACUUUACCUCGAUUUGCUAACCCAGAUUUGAAUCAGGAAGUCUCCUCAUUCCUUCCUUUCAAUUUUGCUGUAAUCUCUCUACCCAUCUACUUCACCUUUAAAUUUGUUAUUCUCUUUUAGCAAUUAACUCUACCUUAAAGUUGAAACCUCUUCAACGUCGUCCUCUUUAAUGGCGCUGAAAUUUUUAUCUACUUGAUAAAAAUAUAAAAAGUGUUUGAAGCUUUGUUUUAUUUGUUGUAUUUCUUGUGAUGAUGGCACAGAAACACUUACACGAGCUACUGCAAGAAGAUCAAGAACCGUUUCAGCUCAAGAACUACAUUGCUGACAGGCGUUGCCAACUCAAAGGACGAUUUUCAAAUACUCAAUUGCAGCUCAAAAAACGUAAACCCAUCUCACAAACAUCGAACUUUCCUUCAAUUUUUUGCAAAAAUGCUUGCUUUUUCUCCUUUCAUGACUCACCAGACCCCAGGAAAUCUCCCCUCUUUGAAUUUCCAUCGCCGGCGAAAAGCCCCUGUAGAAGUCCUAAUAAAAUCUUUCUUCAUAUCCCAGCGAGAACCGCUGCUAUGCUUCUUGAAGCGGCUCUUAGGAUUCAAAAACAAAAAACUCAAAACAAAAGCAAUAGCGCUGGUUUAUUCGGGUCCAUAAAGAGAAAACUCACGCUUAGAAAUCGAAGCAGAAAGCCUGAAAGCUCUUGCGAUGGUGAUAAGCUCUCAGUGAGGGAUAUUCUGAAGUGGGAUUCGAAGAAUGAACAAAUUAGAAAACACAUUUUGCGUGUGGAGGAGAAAAGUGCUUUUGAGAUAAGAACAAAUGGGAGGGCCAGCAGUGCGGUUUCGUCUGAAAGCAAUGAAGACAACAAGUCUGUAGAUUUGGAUUUAGAGACCUCAUGUAGUAGCGAUCAGCUGUCUGAUGAUUUUGAAAAAGAGAUAGAAUUUAUUUGCAACGAUAAAGAAAACAUAGAUUUUGCUUCUUGCGAAAGCCCUUUUCGCUUUGUGCUUCAAAGAAGUCCUUCUCCCGGUCGCCGUACACCGGAGUUCACGUCGCCGGCAACAUCCCCUUGUCGCCGCAACCACACAACAGAGGACAAAGAGAAUAAUCAUCAGGAGAUUGAGGCGUUAAAGAAAUUCCAAGUAGGAGCAGAACAGGAGGAGGAAGAAGAAGAAAAGGAACAAUGCAGUCCUGUAUCUGUAUUGGAUCCUCCAUUUGAGGACGACGAAGGAAAUGAAGAUGAAGAAGAUGACCAUUUCGAUCUGGAAUGCAGCUAUGCUCUUGUACAAAGAACGAAACAGCAACUAUUGCAUAAGCUUCGUAGGUUUGAAAAACUGGCAGAGUUGGAUCCUAUUGAACUUGAGAAAAGAAUGUUGGAACAAGAUGAGGAUGAAAAUGACUAUAAUAUCUAUGAGACUGAUGAAGCAGAGGAAUGCGAAAAUGUCGGUGGAUUUGUUAAGCAAGUAUUAACAGAACUCAGCUUCAACAAUGCACGUCAAAUUCCUGAAGACAUGAAGAGACUGGUGACGGAUUUAAUUGCAGAGGAAGAACUGGACCAUAACUGUUGUGUCAACAGAGAUGUAAUAGCAAAAAGGGUCUGUCGAAGGUUGGAGUCAUGGAAAGAAGUUGAAUCGAACACCAUUGACAUGAUGGUGGAGCAAGACCUUAGAAGAGAAGUUGAAGGGUGGAAUAAAUUUAAGGAGCAGGUGGGAGAAACAGCAUUAGAGAUUGAAUUUGCCAUCUUUGGAUUAUUGAUGGAGGAAUUGUCUGAGGAAGUGGGUGUUCAGCUGGGAUUCAAUGGGGAAAAUUUGAAGAUGACAAGUCUCUUCAAAUGAAUUUUGGUUAAUUAGCUAGUAGGGUAACCAGAAAAAAGACACAAGGAGGCAAGAAGUUUGUGGUUAAUUGAUUAAUUUAGCUGUUAAUUAGCAUUAUUUUAAUUAUUAUGUAUAUGAGAUGUACAAUUAAUCCUGGCCCUUAAUUAAUAUAUUAUUUAUGUUUUCCA